AUGUCAAAUGUUGAGUCUGCUAACUGGUUAUUAAUUGUACUGGCUACGGAUAAUGGAAUUGUACGUGUGGUUGGUGGAGGAUGCUAUGACCACACAGGUGGCGGAAGUAAUCUUUUAUGUCUACCUAACGAUCCCAUUUGGGCCAAUUAUACUACAAAAGUUGAAGAAGGAGGUUUGAUUUAUGGCAGUGAAUAUCAACUUCAAAAUUACGACACUAAUAAACUCUUUUCUUUUGCUAACGCUAAAUCACUUCAUAAUCACAACGUUCCGUGUGCUGUCUGUUUGACACGCCAGCCUGCUGUUGUUAUGAUAUUACCAGCCAGGACAGAGUGUUAUCCUGGUUGGUCAACUGAGUAUUCAGGAUAUUUGAUGUCCGGUCAUCACGGAGAAAAGGGCAGACAAGAAUAUGUGUGCGUGGACUAUGCACCAGAAGCUGAUCCAGCCGGUUACAGAAACGAAAAUGGAGCUGUAUUCUAUUUCGUUCAGGCUGCUUGUGGUUCAUUGCCAUGUCCACCGUAUGUCGAUGGUCAAGAAUUAACCUGCGUUGUGUGCAGUAAAUAUUGA